AUGCCCUCAAAUCUCACAGUUUCUGAUAAUUGUAUCGGGGUAAAAGAUGCUGCAAACUCUCUGCCCACAGUGGGAUUACGGCAGCUACCAGCCCAAACUGAACAAAAUGCGAAAAGAAAAGGCGGAAAACUCACUCUAGUACUUGCUGGAAGUAGCGGAACCGGAAAAUCCACUUUUCUUAACACGUUAUUUGGAGAAGAGCUCUUAACAAAGACUGCGAUCUCACCAGGUCAGGAGGUGAGGGAGAGAAAAUUUGAACUAAUCGAGGAUGAUUUUACUUUGAAACUUACUGCUGUAGACAUGCCUGGGUUUGGGAAUAAAAUGGAUAACCAGUACAGUUGGGUGCCAAUUGUGAGGUAUAUUGACCACCAUUUCAAGGCACAUCUAUUACAAGAGGAACAACCCGACAGAAGAAAAAUGAGAGACAACAGAGUUCAUGUUUGUCUUUAUUUUAUUUCCUCAUCUAGUACAUCCUUGAGCCAAUUGGAUAUCGAAUCUAUGAAGGAGAUCUCCAAAAGAGUUAACUUGAUUCCAGUAAUUGCUCGAAGUGAUACUUUGAACAGAGAGGAACUCGGUGAUUUCAAAUUACUGGUGAAUAAUACUAUGAAAGCAUACAACAUCGAGCCUUGCCAGUUUGUAUCAGACCAGUACGUGUUGGGUAAGAUUAAAGCCGUUUCUCCUUAUGCGGUCAUUGGCUCUAAUUCUUUCUUCAAAAACGCAGACGGGAAACUUGUGAGAGCACGGAAGUAUCAUUGGGGAAUAGUAGAGAUAGAAAACCCGCUUCACUGUGAUUUUGUUCAGCUUAGAGAGCUCCUUCUCUCUGAGCACAUGAUUGAUUUAAUAACAUCAAUGGAAUCACACUAUAACCAAUUUCGGCUGCUAUACUUACAAGAACGAGUGAGCAGAUCGGUGAAUUCCCUUGGAUUUAAUUACAGUCUGACUCCAGACCCCGAGACUGAUGGUUUACGCUCGUACUUGAUAUAUAAGAAGGCAAAGGCACUUGAUACCAUCAAAAUGAUAGACGGAGGGCAGGACUUGCAAAUAGAAGCUCUAGAAGCAGAAUCAAGAAAGCGACUUGAUAAGUCUAUUAGACUUGAAGAGACCAAGUUUAAGCAAUGGAAAUCGUCACUUUUGGAACGCCAAAAAGCGUACAAUAAGGAUCUCGAGAAUGAUUUCUCAAAAAUUAAGAGCCUACAGAAGGAAAUUCAGAUUUUAUCCCCAAAAUCAAGAGAAGAAGUUGAAAUUAUUCAGCAGCCAACCAUUGGUUCUGAUUUCUCGCUAAACCAACUGAGUUUUUAA